AUGAACGUGGAAGGUCCGGGCGGGCGGCCUCGUCUAAAGUCGGAAGCUUCGAAGUGCGUCGUUCCCUCGCCGGCCGCCUCGAUCUCUCCGAUCCGAUCCGAUCCGGAUAUCAUCACCCUCCCUUAUUCCCCUCUCCGAUGCAAACCCCCGUGCUCCGCGAUCCUCAACCCCUAUUGCCUCGUCGAUUAUGGCGCCAAGAUCUGGAUCUGCCCUUUUUGCUUCUCUCGCAAUCACUUCCCCCAGAACUACGCUGCGAUUUCUGAGUCUAAUGUCCCCGGCGAGCUCUACUCUCAGUGCUCCACCGUUGAGUACGCCCUAGAUCCCUCCCUCCCGCCGGUGUUCCUCUUUGUCCUUGAUACCUGUGUAAUUGAAGAGGAGCUUGAAUUUGUAAAGUCUGCGAUGCGCCGGGCUAUUGGUUUACUGCCCGAGAAUGCUCUCGUUGGCUUGAUUACCUAUGGGACGCAGGUGCAUCUGCAUGAAUUGGGGUUUGCUGACAUUUCGAAGCUGUAUGUGUUUAGAGGGACUAAGGAGAUAUCUAAAGAUCAGAUCUUGGAUCAGCUGGGAUUGUCUUCUGGCGGCCGGGGUCUUGUUAAGGGGGCUGUGCAGCGUAGUGGGAUGCCGAUGCAGCAGCAGCAGAAUGUGAUGGGGUCUUCUUCGGUGAAUCGGUUUCUGUUGCCUGCUUCGGAUUGCGAGUAUACACUGAAUGCUCUGUUGGAUGAGUUGCAGCCGGAUCAAUGGCCCGUGGAGGCUGGGAACCGGGCUCUCCGGUGCACAGGCGUUGCUCUGAGCGUUGCAGCAGGAUUGCUGGGUGCGUGCUUGCCGGGCACUGGAGCUCGGAUCAUAGCAUUAGUUGGCGGGCCAUGUACUGAAGGCCCGGGAAUGAUUGUAUCUAAAGAUCUGUCAGAACCUGUGCGUUCACACAAAGAUCUUGAUAAGGAUGCAGCUCCACAUUUCCACAAGGCUGUCAAGUUCUAUGACAACCUUGCCAAACAGCUGGUCAGCCAGGGGCAUGUAUUGGACCUUUUUGCAUCUGCCCUAGAUCAGGUUGGGGUUGCAGAGAUGAAAGUUGCUGUUGAAAGGACAGGUGGUCUGGUUGUCCUUGCAGAGAGUUUUGGUCAUCCAGUUUUUAAAGAUUCUUUCAAGCGAAUAUUUGAGGAUGGUGAAGGGUCUCUUGGUCUUUCAUUUAAUGGUACACUUGAGAUCAACUGUUCCAAGGACAUCAAAAUUCAGGGAAUCAUUGGACCAUGUACAUCUUUGGAAAAGAAAGGAGCACUUUGUGCUGAUACAGUGGUUGGACAAGGAAAUACAACGCAGUGGAAAAUGUGUGGUCUAGAUAGGAGUACUUGCUUGACAGUUUUCUUUGAUAUAUCACCCAGCGAUCGAUCAAAUCCAACCGGAACUCCAAAUACACAUUUGUACAUACAGUUUGUGACAAAUUACCAAAACUCUGAAGGCCAGUUGAGGCUUCGAGUUGCAACAGUCGCAAGAAAAUGGGUUGAUGAUUCUUCCAGCACAGAGGAAUUGGUUGAAGGAUUUGACCAGGAGACUGCCGCUGUUGUAUUAGCAAGAUUUAUUUCCUUGAAAAUGGAGGUGGAGGAAGAGUUUGACGCGACACGGUGGUUGGACAGAUCCCUUAUCCGCCUAUGUUCAAGAUUCGGUGAUUAUAGAAAAGAUGAUCCUUCGUCUUUUGUAAUUAACCCAAAUUUUUCAAUAUUCCCACAAUUCAUGUUUAAUCUGCGUCGGUCACAAUUUGUACAGGUUUUCAAUAAUAGUCCUGAUGAAACUGCUUAUUUCCGUAUGUUGUUGAACCGUGAGAGCAUUACCAAUUCUGUUGUCAUGAUUCAGCCUUCACUACUUUCUUAUUCUUUUAGUGCACCUCCAACUCCUGCACUAUUGGAUGUCGCAUCUAUUGCUGCAGAUCGCAUACUCUUGCUUGAUGCAUAUUUUAGUGUUGUUAUUUUUCAUGGCAUGACAAUUGCUCAGUGGCGCAAUUUGGGUUACCAGAAUCAGCCGGAGCAUCAGGCAUUUGCUCAACUAUUGCAAGCUCCAUAUGAUGAUGCACAAAACAUCAUCAAGGAUCGGUUCCCAGUUCCCAGAUUAGUUGUAUGUGAUCAACAUGGCUCACAGGCAAGAUUUCUAUUGGCGAAGCUGAAUCCAUCGGCUACAUAUAAUUCAGCGCAUGAGGUAGCUCCAGGCUCAGAUAUUAUCUUCACGGAUGAUGUGAGCCUUCAAGUAUUCUGUGAGCAUCUUCAAAGGCUGGCAGUGCAAUCAUAAGGAAAGAGUUAAACUACUAUGAUUUUGUUUUAAUUUAUCUCCCCCUUUCUUACUCAAUUAGGUCGGGAUAAUGGUAAAUUUAAAAGUGAGUUAUUUGAGUUUAAGUUCCGUCUCCUUCCCGAUCCACCACAAUUCCCUAUACCAAGUCAGCCAGAUCUGUGACAAUAAGCUUUCCAUGGUGUUAAUUCUUUUGGAUAUUUUUUUGGGUAUCUUGUGAAAUAAGUCACUGAGACUGGGUGGUUUGUUUGCUGAACUGAGCGUCAUUGGGAAGGGCGAUGGCUCUAUUGUCAAAGGCACC